AUGAAUAAAAAGAAGACACACAGAAGGUUCUUUAAUUAUAGAGAUAAGAUCAUGGCCCCUAGUUUUGAGAAAAACAACCCAUACAGUAAUUCAGAGGACAAAGAAAAUAUACAUCCCUAUAAUUUCACAUUUCAAAGACCAGGAGAGCUGGAGAUUGAUCCUGAUGUUAAUUUAAACUUAAGUGAAGUCUCGGACGACUCAAACAAGUAUAAAAGGAAACAAAAAUUUAAUAUUUCCAAACUUCCACUAACAACAAAAAAUUUAUUAAGACAGUCUAACAACUCAAAGCCAAAACUGCGGAAAUAAGCUUCGUAUUAAGUCAAUGAACACCUCAAUUAAAGCUUCUAUUGGAACUUCUAAUAUGACAACGCCACACGAUGCCUUAAACCCUUGGGAUGAGUCCCACAUCUACUUCAGCACAAGAAACACUAACAAAGGGGAGCUCAGCAAGAGGGAGAGCGAAGCAGGAGAGAAUAAAAACUCUGUUCGCACUUAUAUGGGAGAUGAUAAUUGAUUUAAGAAGAAGAAUAUGUCCAAAAAUCCUAUCUCAGAAGUCAAGCUGAGUGAAAGUUUUAACAUAGAGCCAGAGGGAUAUAUCAAUCUUGGGAGAUUUCAGAGGAAGAGAAAUGUAUCUAAAAAUAGCGAGUUUAGCUCCUUGAUCAGUUUGAAAAACUCUCGUAAUAUUGAAUAUAAGCCACUUGCUCAAAAGAACCGAUCAAUUGAUAGCCAUCAGACUGGGAAGGUAUUCUGUUCAACUGAAAGUACUCAAGGAGAUGUUUUUAAAAGGAAGUAUCUUCAGAGGAUGAAAUCAUUACAGAGACCUCAUAUUAUGUCAACCUUCCAGGCUAAAAAUGAACCUAAUACCCUUUAUGCUCCUGGCUCUAAGCAUUUUUUGAGCCUGAAUCAGAGAAUUGUCAUUGAAAAAGAUAACAAAAUUUUUAAAAACUGCAAAUUUAGUAGCAAUUCUAAGAGAAAAAUGCUACUUUGCAAUCAGAAAUGGAGAAAUCCUAUGAGGAUGAAGGAUGAGGCAAGAAAAGAGCCUAUUUUGAGCUUCCAUAACCGCAGGAGGAAUGAUAAAUGCAUUUCAAUACCAUUUAAACUCCAAAUUAAAAAAAGUCCUGAAAGGUCUGAGAUUGAAGAAAAGGAAACUCCUGAUUCAAGACCUACAGAAGAUUCUAAGCCGCACAAGAUAUUGUCAAGUAUCACUAAAUUACUUCCAAAGACAUCUAAUGAACAAGAGCUCAACUAUUGGUUAAGAUUGUACCAGAUCUUAAAGACACUGAUUUCUUCAGAAGGAUCAGCAGUUGGGUUUCAUCAUAAAUUGUUAAAGAAAAUGAUAGAAAAAUAUCCAAUAAUAUUCAAUGAAGCAAAUGACGAUUACGAAAUUGUUGAGAAAGCAAUGAGAUAUGCAAAUGAGAAAUUUUUAUUAGAAGCUAGAUUCAAAUUAACCAAGAGCAAAGAAAGAGGGUCUUCGCAUCAAAAAUUUUCACUAAACACCAGUUUGAACUCCUUAAACCCUCAUAAACCCACUUCUACCUUCGACUCACCAAUUCCCUCCUGAACGUCUAAUUCCACCUCCAAAAUGUCAAUUUCGCUCAAGCAUACCUUGCAAUCCCAAAGAAAAGAGAUGUUUUCAAAACUCAACUGUAUCGCUGGCAAUCCUCAAAACCCCAAAAAUGUGAAUAACUUCAAAACCCUAGCUGAAGCCAGUCGCAAGAAGGCCAGAUCCAGGCCAAGAGAGAUAAACGAUAAUUUGGGAUUUUCGUAG